AUGGCUACUGGUGCAGAGGUGUCUAGUGAGACAGUAGCGGUGGAAAUGGUGCCUUCAUCCCCAAAAAACACUGAUACUGCUUGUGAAAAUGUCAGUGAAAAUGUUAAUGAAAAGAAUGCUAAUUUUAAGAUUCAAGAUUUAGGAGAGAAGGAUGUAGAUUAUAUUGUUAAGGACUCUGAUUCGAAAUCGGAAAUGAAAAUGAAGGAAAUUGUUGAUAUGUUGAAGCAACUCAAGUUGAAUCCUCUGGCCAAGGAGUUUUUUCCUUCCUCCUAUAAUAGCAGCCAAAUGGGAGACAACAAUUUUGUUGCCACCAAGAUUUCGGGGAAUGACGGUUUUGCGAAUAACCGAAGGAGAAAAAAUAACAACAAUCAAGGCAGGAGGAGAAUGGGAGGUAGAACUUUUAGAGCUCAAAGAGAAGAUAAUAUUAGACGAACAGUCUAUGUUUCUGACAUUGAUCAAAAUAUAACUGAAGAACAACUGGCUGGUUUAUUCAGCAGCUAUGGACAAGUUGUUGAUUGCCGAGUUUGUGGCGAUCCUCACUCUCGUCUUCACUUUGCUUUUGUAGAAUUUGCUGAUGAGUAUUCUGCUAGAGCAGCUCUUAGCUUUUGUGGGACGCUGUUGGGUUUCUCUCCUGUUAAGGUCUUGCCUUCGAAGACUGCCAUUCUUCCCGUGAAUCCUACAUUCCUUCCCAGGUCGGAGGAUGAACGUAAGAUGUGUGCAAGGACAGUCUACUGUACAAACAUUGAUAAGAAGAUUUCUCAAGCUGAAGUCAAAAGCUUCUUUGAAACAAGAUGUGGUGAGGUUUCCCGCCUGAGGCUCUUGGGGGAUGAUCACAUGCACUCGAUGCGAAUUGCUUUUGUUGAAUUUUCCGUGGCUGAGAGUGCACUUCUGGCUCUCGACUGUUGUGGCGAAGUUUUGGGAUCUGAACGCAUCAGGGUAAGUCCUUCCAAGACACCUGUGAGGCCCCGAGUUCCUUACCCAGGAAUGCAGUAA